CUGUCCUCUUCCUGUCACCCUCCAGGCAGACUUAGCUGCUGACAGCUGCUUGGGACUCUGCUGCCAGACCUUGGCCCAGACCACUGCCUCCCUUCCUCUCAGCAACUCCUGAGCCACAGCCCCUCCAUGGCCCAGAAAGAAGAGGCCGCUGCGGCCGCGGCGCCUGCCUCCCAGAAUGGUGAGGAUCUGGAGAACCUGGAGGACCCCGAGAAGCUGAAGGAGCUGAUUGAGCUGCCGCCCUUUGAGAUCGUCACAGGGGAGCGGCUGCCGGUCAAUUUCUUUAAGUUUCAGUUCCGGAAUGUGGAGUACAGCUCCGGGCGGAACAAGACCUUCCUCUGCUACGUGGUGGAAGCGCAGAGCAAGGGAGGCCAAGUGCAGGCAACACGGGGAUACCUAGAGGACGAGCACGCCGCGGCCCAUGCGGAGGAAGCCUUCUUCAACACCAUCAUGCCAACCUUCGACCCCGCACUGCGGUACAUCGUCACCUGGUACGUGUCCUCCAGCCCCUGCGCGGCCUGCGCUGACCGCAUCAUCAAAACCCUCAACAAGACCAAGAACCUGCGCCUGCUCAUCCUGGUGGGGCGGCUCUUCAUGUGGGAGGAGCCCGAGAUCCAGGCGGCUCUGAGGAAGCUGAAGGAGGCAGGCUGCAAGCUGCGCAUCAUGAAGCCCCAGGACUUCGAGUACGUCUGGCAGAAUUUUGUGGAGCAAGAAGAGGGCGAAUCCAAGGCCUUUGAGCCCUGGGAGGACAUUCAGGAGAACUUCCUGUACUACGAGGAGAAACUGGCGGACAUCCUGAAGUAGGCGACUGGGCUCAGCCUCACGCUGCCUGCUGCCACCAAGAGAGAGCAGUGACAUGUAUGGCCAUCUGGGACAUGCCUGACUUCCUAACACCACUUGGAGCUGGACAACAUUCGACAAUCAACCAAUCCUACUGCACAAGGCCCUCCAAGGACUCAAAAUACACUUUUGCUGUUAAUCAUUUAAGUCGUGCCUCUCCCUCUAAGGCUGUUCUUGGGAAAGAGGAAAGUGAGCUGCAAGGAGAGAAGUAACAACCAUAUAUGGGCACCAGGCAUCUGUGGGUUGAAGGUCCUCAUUAGUCCCUCAGUUGGGCUGCUUACAGCAAAGGGCCUGAGACCCCAGGUCUGCACAGAUCUUUGAAAUAUGUCCAGAAAUGCAUUUUGUUGAGUUUUUUUUAAGAAAGAAAAACAGCAACAUUAAUAAAAGAGGUGGUGUGGUCUUUCUGUGACCAGGUUUUUUAAAGAACUUGGACGUUUAGAAGUUACUGUGGACAGUGAGCAAGUCCCAGAAAUAGGGAUGUCCGAGGCUCUGAACCAAGCCAUGACAUUCUAUAAACUGGGAGGGAGGCUUAAACAAGGACUUGGCUAGGCAACACAGGGAAUACAAACUCUCCCACGCGGACUUCACACAUUGGUCUUGACUCUCAUAAAAUAUUUUCU